AACCGCCUUCCAAAAAACACAAGAAACAUAAAAAGCACAAACAUAAAAGAGAGAUGAAACAAGAACAAAACAGCGGCCUGUUGUCCCCUAAAACAUCAAUCAAGCUCAAACUGAAGAUUGGUGGAGAGACUAUGGGAACCAAAAAUUGUGAUGAACCAUACAAUUCACAUGUUGUUUUUGAUGAGCCAGUUAUCAGACGUGUGGUGAGAAAGACGUCAAAGAAGGCUGGUAGCGAUGAUCAGUACGAGACGUCGGAUGAAGAGCGAUGGCUGGAUGCCCUGGAGAAAGGACAUCUCAACAGCUACGGAGAAAUUGGAAAGAAGGACCCAGCUUUGUUAACAGCUCGACAGAAAGCCUUGUUGCAUGGGAGCCAGACAGAUGAACUGCUUCAGUUGCCUUCAGGUUAUAAAACAGUCGAGCUCACAGAUGAACAGAAAAAAAGACGACAAGAAAAGGCAAAACGAAGGCGGCAACAAGCAAAUGAGAAAAUCGAAAUUGACAAGAAUCAAACAGUUCACAAGCUGCUAAAGAAGCAAGACAGCAAAAACAAGAGAGUUGCCAAGGCUCGUGGUGGAAAGCGCAGCAACAGUCCCAGAGUUGUCUACAGAAAUGCUCUAGACAGAAUCACAAUCUGCAUGCCGCCGGAUGUGCCUUUCCCGCUGGCACCCCAGACUGCCAGACCUUACCCGGAGGCUGCGCUGUGUGGUGUGGAUGGCUGCAGAAACAAGAAGACAUCCAUCUGCUCCAAGACUUUAGUUCCUGUGUGCAGUUUGCAGUGUUAUAAGAAAAACCUGGCCAGAUGGACAGCUUCACAAAUCUUAGACACCCCCGGCUAG